AUGGCAUUCACAUUCUACGCACGAGAGCACCAAGAUGGCCGGUGACGGGUAGGGAGUUUUGAUAGAACGCCGGCUUUUCCGACAGAAGGAGAUGGUGCAAGAUGGCGUCACUCCGUCCAUGAGAGCAGCACAGAUGUCAGCAUGCGGCUUCCUGUUCCGGAGAAGGGUGAAGGUCGCGAAGCCGGUGUGUGCUUCACAUCAUGGAGGCUGCGGGAGACCCCGAGCUGCAGAGGUUCAUUGAAGCGGAGACUCAGAAACAGCGAUUCCAGGGUCUGGUUCAUCAGCUCACCGACCUCUGCUGGGUAUAAACCGAUACAAACCGAGCAGCUUACACUUCACCCAUAGAGAGUGUCUGUAUAGAGGGGAACACUACAACGAGGGGGCAAUGCUAAUGGAUUAACUCAUUCAGGAUUGACGUUCAGACAAUCAUAUGGAUUAAAAAAAAUAAAAAAAAAGUUUUGCCUUAAAGAGAUUAAAAAAACAAACAAAAAAAAAACAGAACCACUACAACGCCCUGUAGUUGUUAUGGUACUUAGAUUGCCCCUUUAAGAAGUAUUAAGGUGUGACUGUUAUGUCUACCAUAUGCCACCUCUUGACAAAUAUUCCUAGAGUUUAGGAGCCAGUGCCAAAGCUCAUUAUAGAGACCUUCUUUCUGACUAAUCUGACACAGUGGCAAAUGGGCAGGUGGAGUGCUGGAGACCUACCUUAGACUAAACUGGAAAUUGUGUAGAAUCAACCUUUUGUCUAAAGUAGAAGUACCAGGGAAUUUUCUAAGGGAAUUUUUUCACGUAAACAUUUUAUUACUAAGAUUCUGGUUAUAUGUAAACUUUGUGCAUUUAUACAUACAAAACAUUGCAUUUUCCCUGUUUAUGUUCACUUUGGGUACCAUAACCACUUCAACUGGUUGACACUUUUGUCAAUUAGUGAUAACAUAAGUGGUCAUAUUUUUUUUCAAUAUAAGUGCUUUAGUGUUUGUAUAGAUUUGUCCAAAUAUAUCAUUACACUUGCAUGUUUGAAUAUUUUAAGCAUGCAAUUGUGAGGUAAAGGUACUUUUUGGUAAAAUUCUGGAAAAUAAAAAAACAUGCCAAACUAAAACUGUUCCAAGUAUGGCUGAAACUGAAACUUUUUUUUUUCUGAGGUUGCCCUUGUCAAAAUUUUUUUUACAGAAACUUCAAUGUUUACAUUACAAUAACUAAGACAGCCUCUAGUGGCUGUCUACCAGACUGACACCAGAGGAGCUUUUGGAAUAUUACUGGACUUUUGGUCCGCUAACUGAACCUAGACGUCCUCACGCUCUGCAUGAGGACAUACAGCGUCUGCUAUUAACCCAUAUGAAAGAAUUGAUUUAAUGCUUUCCUACGGGGAAGCAUAAUGCACGCGGCACUCAAGCAUUUGUAUUAGCACCCCCUCGUCUAGUGACAUUGGAGUAUGUGGAGCUGCGACCCAGCGCCGAGGGACAUGACUGCUAGGAUCAGAUAAGUAAAUAAAGGGUUUUUAACCCUUUAUUCAUUGCGGCGAGGGAGGGGGAAGGCAGAGGGAGCUAUAGUGCCAGAAAUACAGCUGUGUAUUGUAUUAACAUUUUUUUAAUAAGCUUUGCAAAUUUAUUUAAUUUGGAUAACCACCAAAUGCUUUAAUAUUUCUAAAAAUAUUUUAACUUUUGUAAUAUUUGCAUGUUAAUAUUGUUUUUACAGAUGAUAUAUUUUUUAUUUUAUCUCCUUAAAGGAACACUAUAGUCGCCAGAACAACUACAGCUUAUUGUAUAUGUUCUGGUGAGUAUAAUCAGUUCCUUCAGGCUUUUUGCAGUAAACAGUCUUUUGAGAGAAAAUGCAGUGUUUAUAUUACAGCCUAGAGAUAACUCCACUGGCCACUCCUCAGAUGGCUACUAGAAAUGCUUCCUGGAGCAGUGCUGUACCAUGUGCAGCACUGCCAUUCAGUGUCUCCCACCUUUGCAUGGAGACACUGAACUUCCCUCAUAGAUACAUUGAUUGAAUGCAUCUCUUUGAGGAGAUGCUACUCUGCCCCUGAUCUGUCUUCUUGACAGUCUUAGCCAAUCCAACACUUAUGAUGAUGUCAGCCAAGCAGGCAGAUCAGGGGUAAAGCCAGCAGCAGCAGAUUGGAAUAAAAGUAAGAUUUAUUAAGGGGGGGCAAGGUGAUUUAUUUUUAUUUUAUUUAAUUAUUUUUUUACACAAUAGGGUCAGGAAUACAUGUUUGUGUUUCUUACCCUAUAGUGUUUCUUUUAGGAUGGUGGCAAUUGCCCAAGUACUGAACCAAAACAAAACCUAGAAUUUGAGCAAUAUGUAGGUUUAACAGCAAAGAUCGCACCAAGGCCAGGGGUGAAGUCAGCAGCUACAGCUACCCUCCAGCUGGGCAGGCCUCCGAAAGGGCUUGUUCUUUCAGUCAGAUUCCGAUCCCUCUGCCCGCGCUCCCGUCUCCCAGGAAAGUAUUACCCUUUCUACCUGUCUGGCUUCACCCAGGAAGGUAUUGAACCUUCUGCCGGCCCUGCUUCUAGAUACUUGUGGGUCUCAGGCUUAGCUGUUUCUUGAUACGUCCCCAGGGCUAGUGAAAAGUGCAGGCUUGUUAUUCAUGUAGAAAUAUUUCCCCUGCCUCUAUAAACCAUAAUAUGCAGAUCUACCUGAUUAUGCAAGUUAACUAGGUGGCACUGCACCUAACUGUUCCAGACUCAUCUACAAUCAAAGUAAUGCUGCACAAGCCUCAGAGCCAGACUGAUACCAGAAGACAUUCCCCAAAUAACAUUAAGAUACUCACCCUGCACCCUUGAUCAUGGGCACAACAUGCCUUAAACAAAAGAUUCACCAAGGGACCUACAUGAAGUAUCAGACACGUGACAUACUCCCAGUGAUGGUGACUACAGUCACAACUAAUAAUUGACCUUUUUCAUAUUCACUGGUCCCACACUUAUUAUAUAUCGUUUUGUUCAGGAGAAAUAGGGCUUUAACUAAUAUGAAUAAAAUUUAAAGAAGUGUGAAAAAUUUAAGAAAUUUUGUUUUCUAAAUUCUGCAUGGAGUUUUGACUGUAAAUGUCAUGUGUUUUAUUGCCGUGAAAGCUAACCGUAUAAUACUUGUAUGUGUGAUGUUCCACAAGUACAACCGUGUGUACACCUCAUGUACAGGUUUUAAAUCAUUUUAAAAUUGUGUGUGUGUGUGUGUGUGUGUGUAUAUAUGUAUGUAUAUAUAUAUAUAUAUAUAUAUAUAUAUAUAUAUAUAUAUAUAUAUAUAUAUAUAUAUAUACAUACAUAUAUACACACACACACACACACACACAAUUUUAAAAUGAUUUAAAACCUGUACAUGAGGUGUACAGUAUUUUGAUAUUAAUAUAUAUCUAUAGAUAUCAAAAUACAUUAAGAAUUAAGUUAUAUAUAUAUAUAUAUAUAUGUACACACACUAACACAUUUAAAUUCUGUGUAUAUUUAUGUAAUCUUUUUAUUGAAUUAAGUAAUUUUUUAUUAAUUACAAUUUGAAGGACUUGCCUGACAACCUAGGCAGAAAGUCCAGAUAACUUAAUGUGAAAACCUUAUAUUUGAACCUGUAACUUUCCAAGACACUAUAAAACCUCUAUAUGGGGGGUACUGUUAUACUCCGGAGACUUUGCUGAACACAAAUAUUAGUGUUUCAAAACAGUAAAAUGUAUCCCAAAGAUGAUAUUGUAAUCGAAAAUUCAGUUUUUUUUUUGGGGGGGGGGGGGUUUACACACAAACUGCACUUUUAUUUACAAUACCAUUGGGAUACAUUUUACUAUUUUGAAACACUAAUAUGUGUUCAGAAAAGUCUUCCAAAUAUAAAGGUUCCCCCCAUGUAUAGGUUUUAUGAUGUUUUUGAAAGUUACAGGGUCAAAUAUAAGACUUGCCCAUUUCAGUUUUUUCACAUUGAAAUUUGCCAGUUUGGUUAUGUUGCAUUUGAGACUGUACGGUAGCCCAGGAAUAAGAAUUACCCCCAUGAUGGCAUACAAUUUGCAAAAGACAACCCAAGGUAUUGCAAAUGUGGUAUGUCCAGUCUUUUUCAAUAGCCACUUAAUCACAAAAAAAUAUGAACGCUAACUUUGGCCAGUGUUUGUGACUAAGUGGCUACUAAAAAAGACUGGACAUACUCAGUUUGCAAUACCUUGGGUUGUCUUGUUUUGUAAAUGGUAUGCUAUCAUGUGGUUAGUUCUCAUUCCUGGGCUACCGUACGGUCUCAAAGGCAACAUAAUCAAUCUGGCAAAUUUCAAUGUAUAUAAACUGAAAAUGGAACUUGCUAUAUUUGUCUCUGUAACUUUCAAAAACAUCAUAAAACCUGUACAUGGUGAUAGUACUGUUAUACUCACGAGACAUUGCUGAAUACAGAGAGGUGUAUUUUAUUGCAGUAAAACCUAACAGUGUUAAGAUAUUCAGUUAAAAUGCCAUUCAGAACUAAAAAAAAAAAAAAAAGUCUUGAUUUUUCACACUUUUCUUUAGAUUUUAUUCAUAUUAAAUUGUUUUAUAUGUUAAUAUUUGAGGUGAAAUUAAAGUACUGUUUUCUCCUGAACAAAAUGUAACCUAAUUAGUAUGGGUGCAUUUAAUAGAAAGAGAGAAAUUGUGGUUAAACAUAGUCAAAUUCAAGGGUUUGUUUUGAUCAGUGUACAAUUGCCUCUGUCCUUAAGGGGUUAAAGUAAACCUGUUUAGUAUAAAUAAAUAAACUCAGAAAGCAAUAAAUAUAUAAUUUGUCUUUAUUAUGAAUUAUAUAUUUGUUUUAGAAGUUGUUCCAGCACAACCAUUCUUGGAGGUCUGUGCUAUUAUUACAUCCACCCUCUGUAACAUGAUUGGCCCAACAGGACAGUCUUCCUAAUGACACCUAUAUGUUGGUGGCUGAAUAGUUACACCAGUCACUCUUUUCCUAUAUGUGUCCCUGCUCUCCCUUUGCUGAAACCUUUUUCUCUAGACCUGUGUGGCUCCCACAAUGAGUGGUCUAUGCAAAGAUUUGAUUAAAAAUGAUAAAUAUAUAUAUUUAUGAGCUUUAGAUUAAAAUCUUUACAAUCAUUCAGACAAAUGCACUAGUAGGUGGUGAUGUCUUCAGCAUAUGAAUAUAUGAAGUAGGACCUGUACAUAAUAUAUAAGAAAAAUCAGAUAAAAAUUUGCUGUAUUUUGUAUAUAGUAUAUUUUGAAUUGGAGGUAAAUUCAGGCAACACACGCAUUCUUCGUGCUAUAGAUUGACUUCAUUAUGUAUCUUUAUUUCAAAGGAGAAGUGUAUGGAGAAGCCAGGACCAAAGAUGGAUGCCAGAUGUGAAAGUUGUUUCAUAAACUGUGUUGAGAGAUUCAUAGACACCAAUCAAUUUAUCCUCAACCGGUUGGAACAGACACAAAAAUCAAGAGGAACUUUUUCUGAGAACCUGACUGACUAAGGAGAGAGUGUUGCCUAACUGAGCUGACCUUCUGCUAUAGAAUAUUACUCUGAAUAUGUUGGAAGCUCUCUUCAAAACCUUACCUUAAUGACAAAGGAUACCUUCAGAGGAAACUUAUCAAACAAGGAUGACUAUUUCUUAAAAUGUGCAACAUGUCAUUAUCUGCUCCAAAGUGUGGUCUGGCUCUUAGAAUAGAAUCGUAGAUGUCCCUGAAACAUGAAGUCCAGCUGCGGAACAAAACAACCUGUACAGAAUUGUACGUCUCAAUUCUUUGUUGAAAAUUUCUUGACUAAACAAUAAAUGAUGGAGUGAUGUAUUAGGCAAAGUGUUUUUUACAUAUGGCUGCAUUAUUGUAAGAUUUAAACCUACUACUUACAUUGUUGGUAAGAGAAGAGCCUCUGAAUAAAUAUAAUUUCCUCUAUACCGUUAAUUGGCAAACAAUGGUUUCAAGAAGGUUUUUAAUGUAACAAAACUGUAUAAAAGAAAAUGCAGAAAUAUAAAAAAUAAAACUUUAUUUUAUAUGUUGCCAGCCCACAUUACACAAUUUAGUCUUUUUUUUUUUUUCUUUUUUUUUAAGAAUGUCAAAAGUAAAUUUUUCACUUCAUCUAUUUAUACUUUGAUGAACAAUAAGGCAAAAUCUGUUCCUUUGUGAUAUGUCAGGAUUGAUUUGUGCUCACGGGCACAUCUGUUACAAAAUGCACCCUGCCUAGUACAUGUCCUUUACUUAACAGCUAGGUAUGUUCUCCCACUCUCCAGGAGGUCUCUCAUUUUCUUCUGCCUUCAUGAACACAGGAAGUAGUGUAAGAGGCAGUGGGAGAUCCCGGUAUGCAUGUAGCAAGAAGACCCCCAAAACAAUAGUAACAAAGCCGCUUAUGGUGCCUACUACACUGCCCAUACUCAAGUUUAUCCACUCCUGGAAAAGGAUGGCAGAACAUGCAAGAACGCAGGAGGUAAAUAAUACAUAAUAGAUUGGUGUGACUAGUGAUGCAGUGAACACAUCCAGAGCUCUGUGAAAGAAAAAGAGAGGGUUAGAACACAUACACCACAGUAUAAAAGCAUAAACAAAAAUGAACAUAAUUGCUGGUCACCUGUUCAGAUAAUGGAUCUGUACACUGAUGCAUAUGCAUAAACACAGGAGCAGAAUCCAGCCAAGUGGUUCUUUGUAUACAGGAUCUCCUGUGAAGAGACCCUUGAUUGCGAUUCCAAGUCCCUUUACACAAGCCACAGAGAGUGAGCCCACUAAUGAACAGAUCAGAACAAAAACGAUCAUGUUACUGUGACCCCACCGUGGUGCAGCUAAGGUUGCAAGUAGUAGGGAAAACAGGACCAUGCAGGAUGCAAAGGCCACAAAACCUAGAGACAUGGGGAAAGAAAAUAUGAAUUUCAGUAUGU